AUGACCCAAACGCACUCUUCGUCUCUUGUGACAACCAGUCCUGCUGCCGAGCGUCAAGCUCACACGGUGUGCGGAUGGGGAACGAUGUCAGACUUAGUCAGCAGCGACAGCCUCGAUGAAGAGCUCGAGCGAUUUUACGAGGAGGAUCCAGAGUCCGCCGCGGUCGUGUCGAUUCUCAGAGUGUACACUGCGCUGGAGUUGCUCGCUCCGCGUCUCGUUGGUUCUUCGCGUAUUGCAAAGACUCCUUUGCGCUCUAUUUGGUCUCUUCUGCGAAAGGAAAUGAGUCAGGCCUUCAAGCGUCAUGCCGUCGAAGAAUAUCGACCCUUGAGACGCAUCGCCAAGACCAUUAACACAGGCGGUUACAACGCGGGAACCAAGACGUGGGAUAUGGGGUUCGUGCGGGAGGCGUUGGCGAAAGGAUGGCCGACACAACUGAAGCUUCCUGUGAAGCUGGGACCCAACGCGUUGGGACCACUACAGUGGUGGUACUCGCUCGAUUCGCUCGCCGCCAAUAAGUCGAUCACGAGACAGGACAUCUUUGACGCGGCUCUACAGAAGUUCAACGACACGCAUAGGCAGCGCGGACCGGUAACUCAGCCCCUUCAAACCGAGCGCAAUUCGGAAGCCGCUCCGCGUGAUGCAUCCAGCAGUACCCGAUCACCUCGUCCCGCUGCGAACGCUGCCCUUGCGGCUAACCGCAAGAUUCCUGUUAAAGACGACGGUUCUGACCCCACGUACACUCCCGGGCUGCCCGGCAAAGCCGACAGAACAUCGCGCGCAAGUCCACCUCAACCAAGUGCAUCCACCGCGAAUGCACAGCAACAGGCCAAUGCAGGGCAGGCAGAGGCGCCACCAGAAACUGGGAAUGGUCGGAAGCCGAAACCGAAACCCGCGCCUUCUCCUUGGCUUCCUCCCCCUGGAUUCACAGCGGACGUGAAGUGGCAAUGCGAGGAUUACAAUGCAUUAUACGAAAGGCUCGUUAACUGGUCUGCCGACGAGCCGAUACCCGACGCGCUUCUCUGGGAGCACCCUUCUAUGCACGGAUGUCCAGUGGAUAAGGAAACCGGUAUGCCAAUGCUCUGCAAGCCGGCGUGUGCUACUUGCAAGAAAUACAAGCGCAAUUGUUGGUGGCGUGGCUCGAAAGCGUGUACACCUUGCUUUUGGGAGAAGGGCAGUCACGGUGCUUGUCAUUCGCCUCAGCCGGACGUCGCGUCGGACAACCUGCGGCACUAUAAACCGGACUUCGCUCGUCGCAUGGCUUUCCUCAACGAGCUCGAAGCAAAGGGCAAGAUCAAGUUCCCCUCUCACUUUGUUGACGAAGCUGGGCGCGCACGCCGUAGCACGACCACGGGCCCGACGCCCCGCCCGGCGAAAGAAGAAUCUAUUGCCCCGGAGAACGGUCCAAGAGUCCCAAGCCCAUCUCCAGACCCAGACCCCGCAGGGCGGUCAGAAUCGCCGGUAGCGCUUACAGCAGACCUUGACCAGGUCGAGCACGCGCCAGAGACACAGGCUCCCGGCUCAAGUGCCCCCGUACCUGAACAGAUCGGCGCGGGUUCCUUGUCGUCGUCCGCGAUGCCUAACGCGGACACAGUCGACGGUCCCCCUCCGCCAGCUUCCGUUCAUUCACCAGCUACACAAGCGCCCGCGCAGUCUGCUGUGCCAUCUGGCGAUUCUGCCGUCGAACCGGUGAUAGCAGCGGACACAGAGCCACGUCUGUCAACGAGCGGGGAUUCAUCGCCGCUUCCUGCUUCACCGUCCAUGACCACAAUUGCCGCGGUACCGGCGGCGGGCGUGUCAAACAUCUCCUCGGCCGCCACGCCGUCCCUCGUUUCGUUGUCCAAGCAGCCGACCGCGGGAUCGGCCCCGUUGCUCGCCACGUCACCCGCGCCACAGGUGAUACCGCCGUCAGUCAUGGUUGCGCCGCUGCCUGAAGGGGGGCCUGAUGCAAAGGGGCGCUCUCCAGCUAUCACGACUUCUAUCCCUGGCCCCCAUGUGCAGGACUCGGAGAUGGAUAACACCGCGGCACAACAUUCUCAGACACGCAAGCGAACGCGUGAGGUCGAGCCGCCGCUGAACGGGGCGCUCAGUACAAUCACCAACGGCGACUCCCGGCGCAGAAAGCGCAAUCGCCUUGAAGAUGAUGCGGCAGAGAAAACGAACGCCGACCCUGCCGCAGAUUCGCAGGACGUGGCAAUGAGUGAAGCCGCAACGCAAUUGCCGCGUGCAGUGUCCGCCUCCGCCGAACGCGAAGUCGGCGACGACGCCCCUCGUACUUCGCGUUCUACAAGCAAUGCUCCAUCUGAGGUUACUGCGACACACGAGAGCGGCAAGGCCAAGCGCCGCUCAACUGCGAGACCAUCGGGUGAAGCUCAGCGCAGCACCGCGGGUCCCGGUGUCACAAUUCAUCUACCUCCGCCGGGCUCGCGCUUUAUACCUCGGUCUGGUUCCCCCAACGAGUUUCCUCCUGUUCGGCCACAACCUGUCAUCCCGGGCCUUGAUAUGCGUACUGCCGGGGAUAAGGCCGGCACCUCGAGCGUGUCCCAGACGCUGAGCACCCCACUCAGUGUCGGCGAUAUUCUUCUGGUCGACUGUGUUGAGCGUAGCAUCCGACAUGGAGUCCAGGAAGGACUCAAGACCGUUCACGACGACCUGCGCGACGUCCGUUCUGACCUUCGCGAUGAGCGGGAGCUGCAACGGCAACUCAUGGGGAAGAUCGAUGCGCUGCCAGGACAGUUUGCCAGAGCAGCCACCUUCGAGAGUCCACGCGUUGAGAGUGCGCCAUCAACUGCCGCGCCGGACCAGUCAGGCUAUCAGCAGAUGCUCUCGAUGAUGACAGCGCUCGGCUUGAAGAUGGAUUCCAUGGGCAAGAAGCUUGAUCCGCUGACUCUGCGCGUCGACACCUUGGAUAAGAAGAUGGACCCUCUGUCUACGCAGGUCGCUCAGUUGCACGCCACCUACGGAUCAUUGGCGACGCGCAUGGAUCGUCUCGAGGCGCAGGCCAAUGGCGGCGGUGGAGGUCCAUAUGGGGGCCAGAGUCCCAUUCCCGCCUCGCAGCCCACUGAAGGCAUAGACAAGGGCGAUGAGAUGCCGACACGUCCGGCGACAUUGAGCCCGCCGCUCCCAUCAGGACUGAGCGCAUCAAUUGUGGGCAACCCGCCGCCAUCGUCUACGGGUGAGAGCGCUCCCGAACCCGCCCACACCUAUUCACGCCCAACUUCUCAAGACAAUCUCACGGGCGGUCAGGGUGUAUCAGGCGCGACGGAUAAUGAGCCUCCAGCCCCUGUGAGGGAGCCGUCGACGCCCAACCAUAGUGAACGCUCGCCAUCGCCGCAUCCGUCUGCGCUCGGGGAGACGCAUUUGGACUUUGCGGGGAGAGAGCCUCAUCGUGUUGCCAGCGACGCGCUUGACAGCGCCCUGAAGGUUGUUUCGCCACCCCCGCUUCCUUCGCGAGAGGAUACGCCAACGCCUAGAGCACGCAACGUCGCUCCUUCUGGCCCCGUGACCUUGAAUACAUCAAGUUCGCCGGCGACGGCAUCGCAUGUUCAGCCCGUUCAAACGCCGGCGCAAUCUGAGUCACCGCUGACUUCCAAUCUGUCACCGGGCAACCUCCAACUCUUGCAGGCCGCAGAGAAGGAGAAGGAGAUGGCCUCAAAGGAUGAGAAGGCUGUUGACGAAGAGAUGGACGUCGAGGAUCAGAAUAUGGAGACCGGCGACGACUGGCUGCCGACACCGGGCAAGCGGAGACCUGCCGAGGUCGAAUCCGACGACGUGCGACCAGCCAAGCGGCACGCCGGCGACGACGCCAUCGAUGCUGAGGGUGCCGAUGAGGAUGCGGAGGGCAGCGUCGACGAAGGUGUAGGAACUGCAGCAGAACCAGGUCCCGUGACGCCUGCUCGUGGCAAGGGCCGCGCCAAAGGUCCCCCCCGGGCUCCCGGCAAUCGCUCUCGACGGGUCGCAACGCGCAAUCACCCAAUGCCUCGUAGCGGUUAG